UCAUUGACAUUCAAAGUGGAACCUCUCCAUCCAUUCAGAUUCUCCAGCGAGAAAUGCUGCGAUUACCGUCGAUCACGAAGGUGAGAGUCCGGAAAAUUUCUUCUUCCGAUUUGAAAUUCUGGAAAGAGAUUCUCUUCAAUGGCGUUAGCAGAAGAAGAAGGUUCACGACCAAUCCCGGUGGAAGAACUGUGAUGAGCUUCGGCGACGGCAGUCAUGGCGCUCUGGGCCAUUUGCCGGAGAUUACGGGGUUCGGAACCGAUGCCUACGAGCCCAUCAUCGUCUGUAACCUUCCUUCCGAUGUCUCCAACGUAGCCGCCGGGCACUACCACUCCCUCGCAGUCACUUGCGGCGGUGAGAUUUGGGCUUGGGGUCGCAACGAUGAGGGUCAGCUCGGUCGAAGCACGUUUGCCGCUAGAGAUGCGAGGAGUGAACCCAAGAGAGUAGAAGGCUUAGAUAAUGUGAAUGUUAGGGCAGCCUUUGCAUCUGGAGUUGUUUCAGCGGCCAUUGGAGAUAAUGGCUCUUUGUGGGUUUGGGGAAGAUCCAAGAGAGGACAGCUUGGUCUUGGAAAAGGAAUCGUGGAAGCUCUAAUUCCUUCGAGAGUUGAAGCCUUAGCUGAAGAACACAUAGCUAAGGUAUCCUUUGGUUGGGGUCAUGCACUUGCACUUACCAUGGAUGGGAAACUUUUCGGCUGGGGUUAUGCAGCUGAUUGUAGGAUAGGCAAUGUCGGAGUGCCACUUGAGGCAUCUAUGCUGGAUUCACACUUAAACGUGGCUGGAACAGAUCAACAAAUUUCAGAUUUGAAUCUUGAAGCGGCCGAAAAGCAAGUCCUGCAAGCGAUGACGAAGGAGAGCAGCAUGCCGAUAGCUUGGGAACCUCGUCUAGUUGAAGAAUUGAGUAACGUGAAAGUAGCAGAUAUUGCAUGCGGGUUUGAUCACUCAUUGGUCCUUUGUGGUGAUGGCACCCUUUUGAGCUCCGGUAGCAACAUCUACGGUCAGCUGGGUCGGUCCAAACAAGACCUAGGAAUGUUCCCUGUUGACAUAGCUGAACACCCGAUUUCCAUAGCUGCUGGUCUUGGUCAUUCUUUAUCUAUCUGCAGCAUCAAGUCAUCCAAUUCGACCAACACAGAUGGAGCAAAGAUCAUCUCAUGGGGUUGGAACCGGAGUCAUCAGCUCGGGAGGGGAGGAUCCGAAAGCCUGCCGAGAGAAGUAGAGGGUCUGGAAGGGGAAACUCCUACGACAGUAUCUGCAGGGCGUGUCCACUCCCUGGCUCUAACAGACAAAGGCGACUUGUGGGUUUGGGGUUGCGGUAAGAACGGAAGACUCGGGCUUGGAAGCUCGAUUGAUGAGGCUGAGCCGAUGUUGCUUGAGGGUUUCGAGGGCCGUGUUCUUCAAGCUACCUCGGGUUUGGAUCACAGCUUGAUCCUAGUGGCUCAAUAACUCACCCAAAAUCAACAUUGAGAUUGUUAUACAAGUGAUGUGAAUCUUCAGAAGGAUUUAAUGAGGCCUGGUGUAAAGAUUGAAAGUUCACAAUAUCAAAAGUUGAGAACUUGCAACAUGUAACAUACAUUGCUUAACAUCUACGGAUUGGAAGGUAGAUGUAAAAGAUUUUGUAUGUAACCUCCUUUUCCUGGAAGUAGUUUUUUGUA